UUGGCUACCAUAUUGCACAAAACUUGGAACCAUUUCGCCCUCUCUCUCUCUCAUCUCUUCUCUAACUUUCCACAGUCGCCCUCUUUAUCUCAUUUCAAAUCUGUAACCUCUCUCUCCCCUCAAGCUUGAAACCAUUUUGUCGUCGCGAAGCCUCUUGUAAGUCUAUUUCGUCGCCUCUCUCAUCUCAAAUCGUGCCCGCAACAUCCAAAAUAAAAAGGUCAAUAGAGAUCUCAUGUCGAAUGAGAUGCUAAAACUGGGUCAACAACUAGAGUAUUUGCAAGGUGAGAUUUAUGCCCGUAUGGGAGGAUCUUCUUCUAUGGAAUAAUGGGUAUUUUGUAACUUAUAUCUCUUUGUUGGUCAUUAUUACAACAAAUUGAACAUUUUUUACAAAUAAAUUCUUGAAGAUAAGUUUAGUCAUUGACGGAAGUUACUUGAUAAAACUAAUCAUGCAGGUUGUUAAGAAAAAGGGUCUCAAUUCUAGCUUGAGAGAGAGAGGGGGGAAGAAAGAGAGAGAACGGGGCACAAAGGACAUGGGUUUCGGCCUGCAGUCGAGAGAGAGAGACCGGGCUAGGGAAAAGAGAGUUGAUCUGGAUUUAUUUUGAUAUAAUCGCUCUAUAAUUAUGUUAGGCUACAUACGUGUCACCCUCUCAUUGAAAGAUAUAAAUCUUAUUUACGCACCGCAUCUGGUUUGUAGGGCCACUCUUUAUAAAAACACGGAGUAAGCGCCCUCUUUGAUGAAUGUUGCCCCUCCCUUGGAGGAGGCGCAGUUGCUUAAUAUGUCUAAUCCUCGAACUCAUCCACUUCUGCAAGUGGAAACAACAUGUGGAUCCCUUCUAUAUGAACUUCAGAUUAUUUGGGAUGAAGUUGGUGAAUCAGUUGCUGAUAGGGAUAAAAUGCUGCUCGAGCUUGAAAAAGAAUGUUUAGAAGUAUACAGGAGAAAGGUAGAUCUUGCAAAUCGAUCUAGAGCUCAGCUACGCCAGGCAAUAGCUGAUGCCGAAGCUGAAUUGGCUGCCAUCUGUUCUGCAACUGGGGAGCGACCUGUACAUAUUAGGCAGUCUGUUCAAAAUACUGGAAGCUUGAAGGAAGAGCUCAGUAGAAUUCUUCCACAAUUGGAGGAGAUGCGGAAAAGGAAAUCUGAGAGAAGAAAUCAAUUCCUAGAAGUCCAAGAGCAGAUACAGAAGAUCUCAAACGAGAUUUAUGGAUCCACAGAGUAUAUUUCAUCCAUGUUGGUAGUGGAUGAAAGUGAUUUGUCUUUGAGAAAGCUUGAGGAGUUGCACAGAGAGCUGCAUGAACUUCAAAAGGAGAAGAGUGAUCGCCUGAGGCAGGUUCAGGAACAUGUGUGUGCCCUGAAUUCGCUUUGCUCAGUGCUUGGUGUGGAUUCUAAGAAGAUACUAACUGAAGUUCAUCCAAGUUUACGAGACUCUGAAAGGUCCAAGAAUAUAAGGAAUGGUACGAUUGAGCAGUUGGCUGCUGCGAUACAAAAAUUGCGAGAGGUUAAACUACAGAGAAUGCAGACGCUCCAAGAUCUUGCAACUACCAUGUUGGAGCUCUGGAAUUUGAUGGAUACACCAAUGGAAGAGCAACAAAUGUUUCAGAAUGUUACUUGUAACAUAGCUGCUUCAGAACAUGAAAUAACUGAACCAAAUUCUCUCUCCAUGGACUUCAUUAAUCACGUUGAGGCUGAAGUAUCUCGGUUGGAAGAGUUCAAGUCGAGCAAAAUGAAAGAGCUUGUUCUGAAGAAGAGGUCAGAGCUAGAGGAGUUCUGUAGAAAGACGCAUAUGGUUCCAGAAGUAGAUAGCACAAUGGAAGAUGUCAUUGACGCGAUAGAAUCUGGAGUUGUGGACCCUGCUUGUGUCCUUGAGCAAAUUGAGCUUCAGAUUGCUAAUGUUAAAGAGGAAGCUUUUAGCAGGAAAGAACUACUCGAAAAGGUUGAGAAAUGGUUGGCUGCAUGUGAUGAGGAGAGUUGGCUUGAAGAGUAUAAUAGGGAUGAGAACCGAUACAAUGCUGGAAGAGGUGCUCACCUUACUCUCAAGCGUGCCGAGAAGGCUCGCUCUUUGGUUAACAAACUUCCAGCAAUGGUUGAUGCGUUGGCUUCAAAAACCCUGGCAUGGGAGAAGGAAAGAGGCAUUGAGUUCACAUAUGAUGGUAUCCGUCUCUUAUCUAUGCUUGAAGGGUAUACUUUAGUGCGGCAAGAGAAAGAACAAGAACGUCGUAGGCAGCGGGACCAGAAGAAACUUCAGGGACAACUGAUUGCAGAACAAGAGGCACUUUAUGGGUCAAAACCCAGCCCUUCAAAGACUCAGGGUGUUAAAAAAGCACCCAGGAUGUCAACCGGAGGUGCAAGCAGUAAAAGACUUUCACUUGGAGGAACAAUGCUUCACACUCCCAAACCUGAUCCGCUUCAAUCAGCGAAAGCUACUCCUCACUCGCGCCCCAUUAGGAAAAAUGAGCGGAUGCACCAAAAUCAUGAGGAAUAUGAUGGCAUUUCUGUUUUAUCUGCAGGUAGGAGAGGCUUGGAUGUUGCCGGUCUCCCAGUGAAAAAACACUCAUUUGGAAAUGGAAAUGUUCGUGAAGGAGAGUCACCCAUGAUGCGGAUACCAUUUUCCCCCAUUAUCUCCACAGCACCAUCAAAGGCCAACAUGGCAAACUUGUCGGAUGAUCCAAACAUGACUCGUAGCGAGAAGAUGCAGAAGACACUUCCAACCAAGAAUCUGCAAUUCAAUACUCCCUCCAAGACAACUUCAAUGGCAGAUGAAGAGAACAAAACGCCAAAGUCACUGCCGAUUCGUGUCCCCACAACACCUUCAACUGUGUCAGUUCCGAUGCAGACAGCCCCGACUCCGGCUCCUCCACCACCUGUCUCUUUUGGAGCCAAGGUAGUCGAACUGAUUCCAGAAGAAAUUGAAUAUUCGUUCGAGGAAAGGAGAGCUGGUUUUGUGCUUCCUAAAACACACAUAAGGCCAAUGAUACUGCAAGUAUGAUAAGCUCUUAGGUGGACUCGAAUGAAUAUGUUUUAGCAUGCUUUUAGAUCAGAUGUCUACUAUUCUUUUUGGUGUUUUGGGAUGGGCCAAGUCAAUUGUAAUUGGCUUUACGGAUUAGUGUACAUUGUUUACGAGUACUGAAUGUUGAACUUGUCCUCUUCUGUUUGACGCGACCGCCGACCAGCUUCUGUUCAGGUGGUUUGUUGUGGUCC